AUGGGUCGAGUUAGAACUAAGACUGUCAAGCGAGCUUCUAGAGUUCUCAUCGAGAAGUACUACCCUAGACUCACUCUCGAUUUCCACACCAACAAAAGACUCCUCGAUGAGGUAGCUUCCGUCCCUUCUAAACGACUCCGAAACAAGGUUGCCGGAUUCACCACCCACUUGAUGAAGAGAAUCCAAAAGGGUCCUGUAAGAGGUAUCUCCUUCAAGUUGCAAGAGGAAGAGAGAGAACGAAAGGAUCAAUACGUACCCGAUGUCUCUGCCCUUGCCGCCAACGCCGACUCACCUCUCGAAGUAGACAACGAGACCAAAGACCUCCUCAAAUCAUUAGGUUUCGACGAUCUCAACGUCAACGUCGUCAACGUCUCUGCCAACGCCCCAAGAGAGAGAAAGACCCGAUUCGUCCCUGGUUCAGGCCGAGCUUAA